ACGACCCCCUCCCCCCCGUCACCGCCACCCAUUUCCGGCUGGAAAUUCGGCAAAACUUGGGGAUUCUCCCUAUUUUCUUGUUCUAGAACACCUAUUAAACCCAGAAAAUCCCAGAACUGUUCUGCGUCUCCCUCCCUCUGCUGUCCGUCGGCUUCAGCAUGUGGGUUUGAAUUUCUGGGCCUUUUUCGGUAAGCCACAGCCAUAAACUUCACCUUUUCAACUUUAAUUUGGCUUGGGUUUACCUUGAAUUGUGUUUUGGUUUUUGGAUUGGGUAGCCGCGAGUUCCCCUGCAGAAUUUCUUCUUCUCUGCCGCCGGCUUCUUCUUCCCCUGUUAGCUCCGGUUCUUGCCGGAAAAUUCUGGUUCCCGAUCGUUCUGUCAGUUAGCACUGAGAUUGAGUGCUCGGUUUUAUGCGAAUGAGGUAAGUAAAUUAUGGUAAAGCCCUUCGAUUUUAAAGCAUGUUUUAAACUGUUUUUGAGAUGGUGGCAAGGUUCAAAUUGAUUUUAAAUUGAUUUUAUCAGCAUUUGAGUGUGGUUAAAUUGAAAUGAAAAUUGUGAUGAUUUCAAUGAGAAUUUCAUUAUUUUCUGGAAUAGAGCAUGCCUAUUUGGAAUUGACUGAACUGUUUUGAUGAACUGAGAGUUUGCAAAUUCUGCGGUUUCUGUUAAAUCCAUGUUCACAUGGAAUUUUUUGGUUAUUUCUGAAAUUUGGGAUUUCGAUUGUGAAUUACGGAUUUUGAUUGUGAAUCCUGCAUGGUUUUGUCUCUGAUAUGGUCAUGAUUUCCGAUCCCCGCUAGUGGGAAACGUUUUGUUAUUGAACUGGAUCUGAUUUUGCAUUGACGGUUUUGUCAUUGAACGUUUUGCUAUUGAACCGAAUUUGAUUUCCGCAUUAACGGUUUAUCAGUGAAAGUUCUGUUAUACUUACAUGGUUUAUCUGGCAUGUUAAAAGUUUUACCCAAGGGCUAUCCAUAUUUACUUACUGAGUUAUCUCAUAGUUUUCCCUUGUCCACCAUUUCAGGAAACGAAACCGAAGACGGGGAAACCAAGGGAGUGACGAGUUAGAAGGCUAGCCAUCGUGUAAAUUGAAUAUGGAUUUUAGAUAUAGAUCAUGAUCUUGUAAACAAAAGUUUAAUUGGAGAUUUUAUAAAUUCAGUUAAUGGAUUGUUAGUUACAAGAGAUUUGACCUGGAGAUUUUGAAGUUAAGUCAUGUGGACAUAGAAAAGAAAUUUUGAAAUAUCCGAUCUGAGUUACGGGAUUGUCAGAUGUGAAUUGGAUAAAUUCUGAGCCUUGUG